AUGAAGAUAAACAACUUUUUCGGGAAUUAAUAUCAGAUCAGGAGAAGAUGAUUGAUAUUGUAAUGGACGAGUAUCGAUUUUUGCUUCAUCACGGACAUAACUACAAGGGCGGGAAAUUAAUACAUAUAAUGUGGAUAUAUAUAUGUACUGAAAAAGAUGCUGAGAAAGUAUUAAUAGAGGCACUUCCAUCAAAGAUAUUAUCGAGAAAG